AUGAAGCUGUUGCUGCUGCUGCUGAGCCUUGGACUGGGCCUGGCCUGCGCCCAGGGGGAUUCCGGCGAGGCACCCGUGCAGCCAGACUUCCAGUCUGAGAAAGCUCUGGGCCCACCUGUGGGACCCAGCCUUCAGGUAGCACCUGUGCUGCAGGUGGAGGGACCCUGGCACACUCUCGAGCUGGGUGCUACUGACCGGUCCACGAUUGAGGAAGGUGGGGCCUACCGGUGCUUCUUGACCAGCAUCAGAAACCUGGCGAAUAGGAACCUACACGUCACCUAUUUCCAAAAGAACAACGACGGGAAGUGCGUGGAGGACUUCUUCAUCGGGGAGGAGACUGACACCCCCGGCCGCUACACCUUUGAGUAUAAAGGCAAGAACGUCUUGACUUUUGUGGCCGUGGGAGAAGACUAUGUGAUCAUGGACUACGAGAACAUCGACCUCGGCCUCGUGGUGGUCGAGCUGCUGGCUCGGCCUCCCUCGCUCUCCCCGCCUGGGCGGGAGGCCUUCAGGAAGUACCUGUCCAGACGCGGCAUCGGGCCAGACGCCGUGGAGGACCUGACUGUGCAGGCACGAUGUCCCUAGGUCCUUGAGAGCAGCUGUGACUGGAGCCAGCAGCCUUCACUUCCUGAACCCCGACCCCUACCAGCAAUAAACAGAUUCUGCAUC